UGCUAUUAAAGGGACCGGCCAGACCAGAGUGCCCCAAUGUGGUUCCCCUGUGUGCCACAUGCUUUUAGAAAAUAGAUGCUUGGCUUUCGGUCACCUGUCCUAUGAUGACUCAGCCCUGGGAGGGGUUUCUGCCAUAGCAAGAUGAAAACGUCGUAUGCCAAGAUCCUGGCUCUUGUGGCUAUCCUGGCCCAGUGCGGGACUGGGGCUCUGCCGGAAGCCUGUGGCACAGCUGAGAUGGCAGACAUUUUGUUCCUUGUCGAGGAGUCUGUGAGCAUCGGGGAGGACGGCUUCCAGCUGGUCAAAGACUUUAUCUACCACAUCGUCCAGACGUUCAAAAAUGCUGUGAUCGGGAAGGCGGGCAUUCGCCUGGGCGUGGUGCUGUAUGGGGACAAACCAAGAAUAAGCAUUGACCUGACAGAUUACAGCACCAUCGAGGAAGUCUUGGUGGCCGUCCGGGACCUGGCGUUCAGAGGGGGACACGGGAGAACAGCGGAUGUCCUGACCUUUGUAGUUGACAUGAUCAGGACAGGGCUGUUGAGAGAAGACGCAGCAAAGGUGGUGAUUUUAAUUACAGAUGGGAAAUCUCUGGAUUCUGUAGAUGUCCCAGCAGGAGUUGUGAGGGACCGGGGCGUCACAGUGUUUGCAGUAGGAGUCAAAAACGCAGAUAGGAACGAGCUGAGUAAAAUAGCAUCCGACCCCGUGGAGGAGCACGUUCUUUACACUGAGGACUUGCAUCUGCUCGGCAGUCUAUCGCCAAAGCUCUCUCGCAGGAUCUGCUUCACUGCCUCGGAGCCUCCACGGCCUGCUAAGCCAACAGUUCAUGCCGAGAAAAUAAUCGGACCUCGAGACCUCUCAAUCAGUGAACAAAGCUACAAUUCCCUCAGACUGAGUUGGACGCCGGCGACAGGGAAAGUUACCAGUUAUAACCUCCUUCUAGAAUCCCUUUCUGCUACUGGACAGGUCACUGCAGAAGACCAGCGGCAGAUCGUUUUCGACGGCACCAAGAGCACAGCUAUAGUGACGGAUCUGAAACCUGACAUGAAAUACUCCUUCACGGUCCUGGCUGUCUACGCUGACACUCUUGGAGAGCGGAUGACCAUCAAAGGAAAAACAACACCCAUACCUCCGGUCACAAAUUUCCGGGUCAUAGAAGAAGGACUGUAUAGCCUCAAGGUAGCCUGGACUCCACCUUUAGGAAAACUGGAAGGGUACAAGAUCUACAUCCCAAAAUUCAAUAGGGCCGGGAUGACUUCAGAGAGGAUCCUGGGCAGAGAUACCUCCUCCUACGUCCUUGACAACCUUCAAGAAGAUAAAGACUACACUGUCAGCCUAUAUGCUGUCUACCCAGAAGGGCCAAGCCAACCCGUGUCAACAUCUGGCAGAACAUUAAAGCGGCUUCCUGUGAAAAGCUUCCUGCUCGAGAACAAGACGACAGACACCAUCCAGGCAAGAUGGAUGCCGGUCAGGGGUGCAUCAGGGUACAGGCUAACAUGGGCAUCUUCAGAAGGCAGCAUUCAGAAUGUGAAUUUGGGUGACACAUACACUGAUUACAUGAUCCAAGGGUUGCAACCUGGCACUGAAUACACCGUCACUGUGAAUCCUGUUUUUGGAGCCAUUGAGGGGCCAGUAGUAACGCGAAAGGCUACGACCUUGUCUUCAAGCACCGUGCAAAUGUUGAAAGCGACAGAUAUCACUGUCAAUUCUGUCAUGGUUUUGUGGAAUUCGGUACCUGGGGCCACUGGCUAUCGAAUAACGUGGGGUCCAACUCCAGAGUUUUUUGGUAGAGACCGGCCCCGGCAGCUCACACUCAACAGUUCCACCACAGCUUACCAUUUGCGCAACUUGGCUCAUAACACCGAAUAUAUGAUUUCUCUGUAUGUGCUUUUUGGCUCAGUGGAAGGUCCAGGGAUCACCAUAACAGCAAGGACAUCUCCUUUGGGCUACGUGUCCAAUUUCAAGGUAACGUCUCCCACCAGCACGUCCCUCUUUCUCUCUUGGAGCGCCGUUCCCGCAGCCACCAAAUACAAGAUCAUUUGGAAACCAGCAGGAGAAGGGCAAGAAAGGGGCCCUGUAAAAAGCCAUCUCCUAGACAGCCGGGUUCUUGCUUAUCGCUUGGAAAAUUUGCUGCCAGACACGCAUUACGCCGUCAGCAUUCGAGCGGUGUUUGGAGGCUCAGAGGGGUCAGGAAUAACUCUCACUCAUCGGACUGGGGAGAACCUGUCAUUUCCUCUUCUGUCUGUAACGCCCGUGACAGCAACACCCUUCUCGAUGAGUUCAAGUCCAUUUACUCUCCCAACAGCCGUCUCUCAUGCAUCAAGGGUCACUUUCUCACACCUCACUAAGAACUUGGCGCCCUCUGCUACUAUUUCUGGCCCAAUUUGCAGCAAAUUCAGAGCAGACAUUGUCUUUCUGGUGGACGAAUCGUCGAGCAUUGGCCAAGGCAAUUUUGCGAAACUGAAAGACUUCCUCUUCCAUAUCGUGUCUUAUUUUCCCAAAAUCGGACCCGAAGGCACACAGAUUGCUGUAGCUCAGUACAGUGAUGAGCCCCGAACGGAAUUCCUGUUGAACCAAUACAGGGACCGGAAUGGUGUUUUGAAAGCUGUCAAAAAACUGCACUACAUGGGAGGGAACACCAAAACUGGUCGCGGCAUCAGCUACGUGCUGAAGGAGAUAUUUCAAGUCUCCAAAGGAAUGAGGCCUGCUGUUCCUCGGACCCUGGUUCUGCUCACAGACGGGCGGUCUCAGGACGACGUGGUGCCUCCAGCCCAAGUAGCACACUUCAUAGAUCUGCCCACUCCCACUCUCUCUUCCAAUUGCACUACACUCUUGUACUAUGUUGCAUCCCCCAAAGAUCCAAAAGGAGAUCGAGGUCCGCCUGGGGAUGUGAGCUUUACUGGAUUGCACACAUCGGGGGGUUACGACCCUUUUCGCUUCGCUACCAAAGGAGAGAAAGGAGAACGGGGACUUCCCGGGAAAGACGGAAUUCCUGGCUUGCCCGGUAGGCCGGGCCGAACUGGACCCCCCGGGUCCCCCGGACUGAUGGGCCUCCCUGGAAUCCCGGGUGAACUUGGGCCACCUGGCUACCCGGGUCCCGGGGGACCAAAAGGCGAUAGAGGGGAGCCAGGAUACGUCUUGGGUGGUGUGGAGGUCAUUCCUGGGCAAACUGGGCAGAAGGGUCAGCCGGGAGUCCCUGGCGUGCCAGGCCCACCAGGAUUACCCGGAUUACCGGGACCACAGGGACCCCCUGGACGGUCAGUCAAGGGUGAGCCCGGAGACCCUGGUAUUAGAGGGCCUCGGGGGAAGAGUGGCGUCAAGGGAGAUAAAGGCGAAGUGGGAGAGACUGGAAAGGCCGGCCUACCUGGGCCAAUCGGACUGGAUGGCACUCCUGGAGAGACUGGGCCCAAGGGUGAAAAGGGCGAGGUGGGAAUUGGCGUGCCCGGGCCUCCCGGGCUCAAGGGAACAGAUGGAGAAAAGGGGCUACAGGGAUUUCUCGGACCCCAAGGACAGAAGGGUGAACGUGGAGCGCCAGGGCCAGAAGGACAAGCUGGUUUGAGGGGUAAAAAAGGCCAAGAUGGUGUCAAAGGAGAAAAGGGAGAGCGUGGCGAGAUGGGGGUGAAAGGUCUUCACGGAAUCGCGGGUCUUCCAGGGCCAAUUGGACCAAAAGGAGAUCAAGGCAUUCAAGGCUUCCCUGGAGCUCCAGCGAUGGGGGUUGUAGGACCUACGGGCAAGAAAGGCAGCCGAGGGGAUGUUGGACCAGUUGGCCCUCCAGGCCCAAAAGGAAGCCAAGGAGACCAAGGGGAAAAGGGAGUGAAGGGCGAUCCAGGAUUUGGCAUUCCGGGCCAAUUAGGAAUGAAGGGAGAGCCUGGAGAAAGGGGGAAUGUCGGUUUAUCGGGCAAACCAGGUCAAAAGGGGGAAGCUGGUCCAAAGGGAGAGAAAGGUGAACCAGGACAGACUGGGAAUCCAGGAGAGCCCGGCUUAAGAGGUAAAGAUGGUGAUGCUGGAUUUCCUGGACCUAAAGGAGAAAGGGGGGAAGCAGGCUUUCCCGGGGGGACAGGAGAGAGAGGCACUCGGGGUCCACUGGGCCUUCCAGGACGCCCUGGAGAGCGAGGAAUGAAAGGAGAAGCCGGAGAACCGGGCCGAGAUGGAUCUACAGGAGAGAAGGGCGACAAGGGCGAAUCCGGACCACCUGGGCCUCGGGGAAUUCCUGGGAAGACGGUUCCUUCUCUGAAAAACAACAUGGCUGUCAAAGGAGAGAAGAGAGUAUUUCUACAUGGAGAAGCUUCCCUUCCCUUGCAGCCUAAAGAGGGAGAUCCUGGACCUCCUGGCAAAGGAAUGGAUAUCCAGCACCUGGAGGGUCUUUUUGAAGCCUAUGGCAUCAAGCUGUCACUGCUGAAGGAACUAACCAACCUUCUCCUCCGGGAUGGGGUCGAAACGGUCGCCCAGCAGGUGGCCAGCGUCAGGAAGGGCAAGACCAAAACGGGCAAGAAGAAGCAGGGAUUCACACAUACCACGGACAGCUCAGCACCCAAAAAAGAUGAUGUUCCAACUGAGCGUCCGUCAAGCCCAUCAGAAGUCACCCAAGGAAAUUACGCAAGCACAGACUGGCAAGUUCUAGAGGCCGAGGACCAUCUUUAUCUCACAUCUCCUCCGACUUUCUUUCCUUCAGCUAUUGCCAAGACAACAGCAGAACCUACCAUUGUGACAACUUCAAAUCAUAGUCUGGAGGAGCCUGUCCCGUCUGAAGUAACAGUUACCCAGACAGACCAGGCUGAGCUGGAGGUGGAGAGCCGCCUUGAAGGGCAGAACUUGACACAGACUCCACGAAAGGAGGAUGACAGUUCUGUAGAACUGGAAGGAGUUGCUGAAAAUGCCACUUCGCAGAUCAAGGAAGGAGCUUGGUCACUGGAAAACACCUCUUUGGUAAAAGAGGCAGAGAUGGAACAUAGCUCUGUUCAUCUUGAUCCAGAGGCAGAGUAUUCUCCUCCAGAGAACACCUCCCGCAAGGUGACAGGAGCCCCAAAGAAGAGGAAGAAAGAAAAACACAUACUGGAGAUGUCCUCCAGUCUGGAGCUGGAGAAAGAAUACAAUUCCUCGGAGGUUGCGUCGAAGGAACUGCAGAGUGCUUUGAAGAGAAGGCCUGGAGAGAGGAAAAGGGAGAAAGAGGCCAAUAGGAAAGCUGAAAAUGCAACCAGAUCGCAUGAACAUGAAUACAUCAUGAAUCAUACUACAUCCGACCCUUUGUCUUUCAAGGAGAACGCAGAUGUUCUUGCUGUUUCUGAGGAAAUACCCGGCAGCAGAGUUCGGCGGACAACAGGAGACCAGAAUCUCAUGGUAAAUAGUGUCCCGUUAUCUCGCAGGUCAGAAAAAGCCUUGUUUGUCUAG